AUGAAUCUCACCGGUUCCUCCAGCCUCGCAGUGGUCCUGGUGUUAUGCCUUCUUGCUGGAGCGAGCACCUUCAUCGCCGACCUAUCCGCCGCUUCGAAAAACUCUUCCGCAGGAGGAUCUUCGACGACGACCUCAACCGGAGCCGGAAGCCUUCACCGUCGAGCCAGUCAGUGGGAUGUUCCACAUCCAGCUGAUGAUAAGCUCUGGGACAAGUCUGUCUGCAAAGGUGCAGCUCUGAUCGAGGCCAUAAGGGUGCCGGAGGGUGCGGCUUCUCAUUUCUUCGACAAUCAACCUAAGACAAUUCAAGGACCUUCGCUGCUAGAAGGCAUUGCCGGUUUCCAUUCUCUCCUCAGCUGGACUUUCGCUAAUCAUGCCUCUCCACCUGUAGCCGUUCAAAGUCCGUUUGUGGAAUUUCCGCAAUCGUUCGAGGAUUGGGGCUGGAAACUUUACGACGGCGACGAGCUUAACCCAAGGAACGGAGAUUUCGAGUGGAGUGGCUGGGGCAUCGCUGAUGCGCUAAGGGGCAUAGGGGUUUCAGACAAGCCCUACAAUCAUCCUGAUGGAAAGAUCCGGGUCUCUUGGGUGCACCAUGGGCCGGCUUGGGAUGACAACGGCGAUCAUAACGAAGUCAGAGGUCAGACCUACGCACACAAUGGUAGGCAGUAUCCGUUCACCGAUGCCCACUUCCAAUAUGGAAUCAAUCCUGAAGAAGGCGUUAUCAUAGCUUUGAACCUAAAAGCUCCGGAAUUUACGAAGGAUCUCAAUGACCAGGUUUGGCCAAAAGAUCAGCUUCCUGAGCUCCGUCGGUGCUCGGAUGUCAUGUAUGGCCUAUGGAAGUUUUGGAAGAACAUGAUAGGGCAAAAGGAUUCUUUCAAACGUCUCCGCUACUACGCGGUCGCGGCGAUCACCAACCAGGAUUCAAAGGAGAUCAUCGUCCGCGCCGUGGGAACCGAUGACAUUCCGGAAUGGAAAGAAAGUAUAUGGGUCGGCAUAGGCACGUACGACCAGCUGAAUGAGCCCGGGGUGGCACUUUUGGGUGCACCAUCUUCCUGGAGUCUGGGAUAUCUGCUCAUACAGCACAAGGCAGACUUCGGGGAUCUCCGUCCUGUUGGCGUUCGGGUCUUCAUGUGUAAUAGUGAGGCUGUGGGCAGCACUAGGAAGGUUUGCCUGCUUUGGUAUCUUAAAGACGCGCCCCCUCCGCCCCCGAAUACCUCGACUACCUCUUCAGCACCAAGCGCCAGUGGUUCCCUCCGUAGAGUUAGGCGAAAUUAG